CGCCUCCGCCAUUUAGUCCUCCCGGCGGCGCGCCGGAGCGCCCGGGAGAAGCGGUGGGAGGGUCCGGGCCAGUCCCCGCAUCAUGUCGCGCCUGCACCGGAGCAGAAUCGCAGAGUUUGAAGAGAUCCUGAAUGAGCCCAACGUUGUGUUGCAAAAGCUGCGGGAUUUUUGUUUCAACGCCACUGAACCCCAACCCCAACAGCCAGUGGAACACUUACUUCAAGGACAACGAAGUCCUCUUGCAGAUCGACAAGGAUGUCCGGCGACUGUAUCCCGAUAUGGCAUUCUUCCAGCGCCCGACGGAGUAUCCUUGUCUGUUGAUUCUCGACCCCCAGAACGAAUUUGAGACCCUUCGCAAGCGGGUGGAGCAGACCACCCUCAAAUCGCAGACAGUGGCACGGAACCGGAGUGGAGUAACUAAUGAUUACCCCAUCUCGGAUGUCCACCUGAUUCUGAAGACGGCAAAGGACCUUCAGGAGUCCAAGUAG